AUGGAGAAACUCAACAAGCUCAACAACGCUAAAUUCCUCUUCAAUUCUCUCACCACCAUCUUCUUUGCCCUCUGGCUCCUCCUCCUCUUCUCCUACGACUUCUCCGAGCGACCGGCCGGCGUCGACCGAUGCGCCGGCCGAUACAUCUACGUCCAAACCCUUCCUAGCAAGUUCAAUUCGGACCUAAUCUCUGCAUGUCACGACCUCAGUACGUGGACCGACAUGUGCCCGUUCACCGCCAACGCCGGUCUCGGACCACCGAUCGGCAACCCCGACGGGAUUUUAUCCGAGACCGGUUGGUAUAAUACUAACCAGUUCACGCUCGAGCUCAUAUUUCACAAUAGAAUGAAGACGUACGACUGUUUAACUACAAACCCAUCCUUAGCAUCGGCUAUCUACGUCCCUUUUUAUGCGGGUCUUGACAUUGGUAGGUAUUUAUGGGGACACAAUUCAUCGGUCCGAGACGCGUCGGCGGUCGAUCUCAUCCGUUGGCUGAAAUCACGGCCGGAGUGGUCCCGGAUGGACGGCCGAGAUCACUUCUUCGUCGCCGGGAGGAUCACUUGGGAUUUUAGGAGGUUGAGUGAGUAUGGGGACUGGGGUAGCACUUUGUUAUUGAUGCCCGAGGCUAAAAACAUGACUUGUUUGGUUAUUGAGUCCAGUCCUUGGCAUAGCAAUGACGUUGGUAUACCUUACCCUACUUACUUCCAUCCUUCAACAAAUGCAGAGGUUGUAUCUUGGCAAGAGAGGAUGAGGAGCCUAGAGAGGCCGUGGCUGUUCUCGUUCGCCGGAGCGCCGAGGCCGAACACGACCGGAUCUAUCCGAGACCUGCUUAUCGAGCAAUGUCGGUCGUCGGAGCGAUGCAAGUUGCUAGAAUGCCCCUCGGGGCCUAGUAAAUGCCACUCUCCUAGUAGGGUGAUGAAGUUGUUCCAGAGCUCGGUGUUCUGUUUACAGCCCCAGGGGGAUUCGUAUACGAGGCGAUCGACGUUCGAUUCUAUGUUGGCCGGGUGUAUCCCCGUGUUCUUUCAUCCAGGGUCGGCGUACGUGCAGUACGUAUGGCAUCUACCGAGGAAUUAUACGACGUAUUCGGUGUUUAUACCGGAGGAUGAUGUGAGGGAGGGGAGGGUGAGGGUAGAAGAGGUUUUGAGGGGUUUUGGGGAGAGUGAGGUGAAGAGAAUGAGAGAGGAGGUCGUGAGGAUUAUACCGAGAUCGGUGUAUAAUGAUCCUAGGGUGAAGAUUGAAGGAGUGAAGGAUGCUUUUGAUGUAGCUGUUGAGGGGGUGAUCAAGAGGGUUGAGAAGAGGAGGGGAGAGGUUGAAGACGGGGUUUCCGUAGGGCUUGAAGAUGAUGAACAUCACAGCUGGAAGCACGGUUUGGUCGGUAGAGGAGAAGAGCAUGAGUGGGAUCAUUUUUUUGAUCAGAAAUAA